AUGAGAAUCCGCAAACGGUCGCAUGCUCCAAUCUACUUGCGCGUGGAUGCAUACAGAGCUGCCGACUUGUUUUUACUGGAUAAGAAGCUGAGGUCCAAGACAAUUAAUGCGGCUAUUGUAGCUCGUCUUAAUGGCUACAAAAAACGUAGUAAGCGAAAGCUCAACACAGCUCAUCCGUCCUGGGACGAUCAUUUCAUUAUACCUCUCAAAACUGGCGACUUUUCUCAAGUAUUGGUGUUAGCCGUGUGGAAUCGGACUCCACGUACGAGAAGUUACCUCGGGGAGGUUCGGCUCAAAGUGCUGGAUAUUUUUGAUGGUGACAACGCUUCGUUCAAGACACUGCCUCAAUGGUACAAGCUCUACCUGAACGAGAGCGACCAUUGUUAUGUCACUGGUUCGGUAUUGCUUCUGUUUCUGCUUCUGGAUUCCAAUAAGGAAGACGGGGCUAAGGAAUCCACGGACUCCUCCAUGCGCAGCAGUGGUCCACAUCUCUUAGUGAGCCCUCCAACAGCCCCUAAUCUUUCUGUUGAAAACUUAAGUCUUUCUGAAGACUCUUUGUUACAGAAGUUUAAAGCUUGGACAAACUCCUUGGUUAAUACUGAACCUGGCGUCCACAUACUUUUGCCGAACGAGCAAGGCUUUUAUAAUGACUUGAAUGAGUCCGUAGAAGUCAGUGGCAUUAGCGAAGUAUCUGAUGUUGAGUCAAUUGAUGAGUAUGUCAAGAAACCAAGCAGAAAGUCUUCGUCAGGUCCUCUCAAAUUCCUACAAAAGUCCCAAAGUCAAAUGCUUGAGUCGGAGUUGACAAAAUCAGGCUCAGGAUUCCUUAAGGUAUUUCCAGAUUCUGAUGACUCUCGUACAGAUUACCUGUCUGCGUCAGAUGUUCUGUCUAUUGGAUCCUACAACAGUGACGGCUUCUAUGGCAGCGACUCAGGUUUGAGUGCUUCCGGUACGGAGAAGGUGAAGAAAAGACGCUUCCGGAGAAGAAAGGAGAACGAUGCCAAAUACGAGUUCCGCCAUCGAAAUAUGAAGGGUGUAAUGUUUCUUGAGAUCCUCUCGUGUUCAGACUUGCCUCCGAUCAAAAACUUCACACGUACAAGUUUCGAUAUGGAUCCAUUUGUUGUGGUGACAUUUGGUAAGAUGACGUUCCGAACAAGCUGGCAAAGACACAAUUUGAAUCCCGUUUACAAUGAAAGACUUGCGUUCGAGGUGAUGGACCACGAAAGCAAUUUCAAUGUCCAAUUCUCUGUUCUAGACAAAGACCAUUUUCUGUUUCACGACCAAGUUGCCGAUGUUUCAAUUCCUAUCCAAAGCCUUGUUGAAAUUGCUUCUGAGCCUUGUUCCCAAAGCGCCGCUGAAGGUCUUGACGAUAGAACAGCGGAAGAUCCCAGUUCCGAUAGUCCACCUGUGGCAGUUUUUAAAGCUGACAAUUCUCUCGAAGAAAAGAGCCGAAACCAAUCUACGAGUUCUUUGGCUUCUUUAUCGGACGCGCAUAGCCACCAAGCAAUCCAGAUAGCUGAGGAUGGGAACAUGGUUAAGACAAGAAAAAAAAAAAAGUUUAAGAGAAGCAGUUACACAGUUCUGUACGUUGACACAUCGCUUUUCAAGACUUUGGAUCUUAAGUUGACUCUUCAUGACCAGAAAUUGGCCCUGAAGCAUAAUCCAACAUUGAAAGUCAGGGCACGUUUCCUCACUUACGAAAAUCUCCGCAAGGACUUCUGGCGUAUUUUGUUGGAACAGUACAAUGUGAACGAGACCUCUACAGAAAUGGAUUCUAUUGAGAUGAUAUCUUUCUUGGACGCGCUCGGAUCUCAUAAUAGUGACGAAAUUGUGACAGAUUUCUACAAGCAAUUGGAUCGAUCAAUGUGGGGUGGGGAUGUCGUAACGUUUGACGAGGUUGUUGAAUUUUUGGAGAGCUACAUUGCUCGGGAAAAAUCAAAUCCCGAGGACAAGAUUUUCGAGAUUGACAGUUGUCCCGUGUGUCAUGAGAGGAGAUUCACAAAGAAAGGAGAUCUAGAUAUUGUGACUCAUGUCGCUAUUUGUGCUUCCAAAGACUGGAGUAUUGUCAACAAAAUGUUGACAUCCAGUUACGCAACAGGUCAAGGUGCGUCGAGAAGAUGGUAUUCCAAGUUUUUAAUCAAGUUGACGUAUGGAAAAUAUCAGCUUGGCAGCAACUCAGCCAAUAUUUUUGUGCAAGAUAGAUCAACUGGUAUAGUGAUGGAGGAGAAGAUGAGUGUUACUGUUAGAUUGGGAAUUCGACUUCUUUAUAAAGGCUUGGAUAAAGCAAAAACGAAGCGAAUUCGAUCAUUACUUCGAAAGCUCAGUAUUAAGCAAGGCAUCAAAUUCGACAGUCCUCUGCUGGCUCGAGACAUUGCUUCAUUCAUUCAAUUCCAUAAGCUUGAUCUUUCCGAGUGCCAGAUUAAGGAUCCAUCCAGAUUUCCAACUUUCAACGAAUUCUUCUACAGAAAACUUGACGUGGGAGCAAGACCAAUCGAGGCUCCAGAUGAGGAGGGAAUUGCUGUCUCUCCAGCGGAUUGCAGAUGUACAACUUUUGUCACAGUUGACAGUGCCACCGAGCUCUGGAUCAAGGGACGCAAUUUUACAUUAGCAAAAUUGUUCAAUGGAAAUUUCAACAACUUUGAAAAGACCAAUCUUUACGACCCCAAGAACUGCAGUGUUGGUAUUUUCAGAUUGGCACCACAAGAUUACCACAGAUUCCACUCUCCAGUGUCAGGAACAAUCGGCCCCAUGAAGUACAUCGAGGGAGAGUAUUACACUGUAAACCCCAUGGCCAUUAGAUCAGAUUUGGAUGUCUAUGGAGAGAAUGUCAGAGUUAUUGUUCCGAUUCACACAGAGAAAUUUGGAACUAUCAUUUUGGUAGGUGUGGGAGCCAUGAUGGUGGGAUCUACAAUUAUUACAGUGAAGGAGGGCCAGAAAGUGAAAAGAGGUGAUGAAAUUGGGUACUUCAAGUUUGGUGGGUCUACCGUCCUCUUGCUAUUCGAGAAAGAUCUGUUCUGUUUUGAUUCUGAUUUGAUUGACAACUCUAAGACAUGUGUUGAGACUCUUGUGAGAGUUGGUCAAAGUAUCGGACACCGUCCAGAUGUUCCUCAACAUAAGCGUGAACAUAUUGAUUUCAGUAAGCAAUCCAAGGGGUUCAAGUUGAGUUUGAUAAGAGCUAUUACUGGAGGAAAUGUCAAUGAUCUCAACACGUGGGAAAGCAAUAAGAUCAAGCUUGGACAUAAAAACUUGAAAGAAUUUAUUAUUGACGAUGACAUGGAUAAUGAGUCGGAUUUGUAUGAGGAACUUAAAGACUCGAACGACGAAGAUCUGAUUGAUUCAGAAUAA